CCGUCGUACUAUUCGAAAUCGCACGUAAGGCCCCGCUGCCCGACUGACCGUCCUCGCUACCUUUACUCCGGCCUGCGCGUUCUUCGGGAACGUUUGUGCCGUUCCUCUUCCGAGCGCGCGCUCCCUCCAGUAAGCUCUCGCACGUCGAUCGACGAGGAUCGAGGAAGAAUAGUAGAAAAGAUACAUUGGUGUGCAAAACGUGUUAUACGAGGAUAAUUGCUCUUUUUUUUAUUUUUUUUUUUUUUCGUUGAAAACGCAUAAACGUGCUUAAUAAUAAUUAUUCAUUACGUAAAUAAUUUUUUAAUAGCCAAGAGAGUAAUAAAUACGUUGCAUUAUCAAGAAGAAAGAAAGAAAGAUUAGGAUAUAGAUCGACGUUAAAAAAAUAUAAACGUUCUCUUUUAAAUUCAUUAGGGAACGUUGAAAUUAAUUUGUCGUUUUCAAUUUUCAAACACGGACCUGGAUAGAUCGGAUAACAAACGUAGUUGUCGGUGGAAAAGAGAGUUACUUUUUUUUUUUUUUUUGGUUAUUAAGAAAAGGGAUCAAGCGAGUUCAGUGAUAUGGCACAGCUGAUAAGCGUCAAACUUUCCCGCUUCGAUGGAUCACCCUGGGGAUUUCGUCUUCAAGGUGGCAAGGAUUUCGGCACUCCAUUGAUCGUACAGAAGGUCAAUGGCGGGUCACCGGCCGAAGCAGCGGGUCUCAGAGCCGGGGAUGCCGUCAUUAAGGUCAAUAACACGGAAAUGUACAAUCUGAGGCACAAGGACGCACAGGAUGUCAUCGUUAGAGCUGGAAACAACUUCGAGAUGACCGUGCAGAGAGGCGGCAGUACUUGGAAACCAAGCGUGACGCCGGUAUCGUCUACGCUUCCAUCACCAACGCCUGCUGUAUCAGCUGGUAACAUUACCCCAGUCACGAAGACGUCCCUGGCUGCAAAGAAACAGGAUGCACCACUUAUCGGAAGUGGACAUAAUUUCAGUCCGAAGCCAUUCCUAAAUGGAACGAGCGAGGGUCCAAUAAAAUCUAUCGUAAACAAACAAUACAACAGUCCGGUAGGAAUUUACAGCGAGGAGACCAUCGCGGAGACUCUCUCCGCGCAGGCCGAGGUUCUUGCCGGUGGUGUCCUUGGGGUUAAUUUCAAAAAGAACGAGAAAAACUAUAAUGCGGAAAACAGCGAGGUAUUUAAGAUGGUUCAAGAAGCUGAUAAAGAGCCGAAAACACCCGAGCCAGUUUCUUCAAGGACAGAGUUUUACUCGUCGGUGAGCCACGCGAUCGGCGGAAGGGCCACCUCGCCUAGAUCACCCACGCCUCUAUUUCACGCCCUUGGUGGCGGUGGCGGUGGCGGAGCCAUUAUCCCGAAUAACUACGAAUAUCCACGAAUAUCAAACAACGAGGAUCAACGUCGGGACCCGUCGCUCGUCCGUUGCAACAACUGCGACCGAGUGAUCGUAGGUGUUUUCGUUAGAAUCAAGGAAAAAAAUCUUCACGUGGAGUGCUUCAAAUGUUCUACCUGUGGCACUUCUCUGAAGAACGUUGGUUAUUAUAAUAUUAAUAACAAAUUAUAUUGCGAUAUUCACGCAAAAUUGGUAGCCAGACAAAAUGCACCUCCUGGUGUGAUACCGGUUACUAUGCCACCAGGCGGCAAAGCACCAGCCAGCACGAUCUCGGCUGCGCUUUCGAGCGUUGGCGCACCUUUAUCGCCGCCGCUAAGCAAUCACGGAUCCUCGCCUUUACCGUUCACCAAUUGCGGCCGUACUAGUCCAGAUUAUGGCUUCGAUCGUCAAUCAAGGCGGACCCCGGUCCCGAACAGGAAUGGCUGCAUCAGGAACGGAGAGUGCAACGGGGAAUCGAAAACGUUUACGAGUACUAUCACCAUCCAGACAGGUGGUGGCACCGAGUCCUCUACCACAACCAACAACAACACCACUACCACCAAUCACCUUGGCAGUUCGCCCGUCGAUCCACCCGGUUUACGAUCAGUCCAGGCACCAACGUCAAAUAGUCUAAUCGGGCCUAAGCCUUUCGGUGGAUCGAGUACUCUGUCGAAUCUCUCGUCAUCUCCUAUAGUAAAUUCAGGGAACAGUAUUCUUCCACGCGCGCAGAAUCAGACCGCAACCGGUCUCUUCUCUGCACUGCCAAAGCCAAAAAGUUCGCCCUUCAGAGGUGCUUUUUACUCACCGCAAAUUUCUCUGUUUUUUUUUUUUUGUUUCUUUCUAACACGCCCUUUCUUCCAACAUCAUUUACCGCACGUCUUGAGUAUCUUGUAUUACCCGUUUUCAUUAUUCUUCUUGCUUCUUCUAUCCUCGCCUAUUUGUAUUAACAAACAAACAAACAAUGGCUACCAUACUCCCGAACAAAUUCCCCAUCCCGAAAAAACCUUAUCAGAGGUCCACGAAAAGUUCUAUUAUUACGAGACCAAAGAAACCACAACAUCACCUUCGAAUCCAUCGUUCGAAACAGCUAAUAAUCGUCCACCGUCCACCAAUCCAUCGACGAAUCCCAAUUCCGUUAAAUCUAGAAGUCUCGCUUGGCCACCGCCAAAACCGAUCGAGGACAUCACAUAUCCAACCGCCAGUCCUUUGUACAUCGAUCCAAACCCGGUGCUUGAUCGUAGAGAUCGGCACGCGGUGAAGGAUAAACGUGCGAGUAUCGAGGCUUGCGAGAGAGCAUUGAGUAGAAGAAGCGAGAGUACCGAUCGCGAAUACGAACGAACUUCACGAGAGGGUUAUUAUUUCGAUCAAGACGUGAUGGACCGUGUAAGCUGUCCAGGUCCGGUUUAUAAGCGAGUCGAAUUGGUAGAUAGCAGUGGUACCAGACGAGAAUCAAGGCGUGAAACUUCGCGAGCUAGCUCGUCCGAAAGCGGUGUCAGAAGAUCGUUGACACCAACGAGAAUUUAUCAGCCUAUACCUAGACCUUGGACAGCAACCGUCUCUUCCGGUGGGAAUCUUUACGAACAGAGUUAUGCCUCUGAGGAGCAACCAAAGGUCUGCAAAAAGUACAUGCAGAGCGAGAUCUGUCAGAGCGAGAAAGUUUGUCAGCGUGGUAUGCAAGAGCAACCUUAUCGCGAAGAACAUCGAGCUUAUCGAGCUGAGAUAUGUCAAACGGAAGAAACAGUAUGUCCGAAACCACCGUUGCCGAGUCAACCGAUCGCUAUACGUCCUGAAACACCGCGAGAAAUCGUCAGAGAAUUUGAUAAAGAAGUCAUGGAUUUGAGAAAAGUAAAAGAGGACACGACCAUAGAUACGGCCGAGACAUCCAAAGUCGGUAUCGAAGGUGAACACGAUCUUAUCACCGAAACGGCCGAGGAGGAUAUCGGCGACAUGCACGUAAAGAAAACUACGACGUACGAGAAAACUGUCGAAGUUUUAUCACCUAGAGAAGGUUCUCCGGAGAUGGAACAAAUCGAGGAAAUAGAAUCGUGCACGCGUAAAAGUACAACGAAGGUCGACAGACAGGUCGAAGGUACGACAGAGACAAAAACAGUGGAGGAGUCUGCCGAAGUUGUUUCCUCGGCUGUCGAUGCCACGCAAUUGAUCGAACAGGCUAAGAGAGAUGAAGAAGAAAGAAAGAGAGAAGAAGAGGCGGAAGAAAGAAGGAAGCAAGAAGAGGAAGAGAGAAAGAGAAGGAUGGAAGAAGAAAAGAGAAAACGAGAAGAGGAAGAAAGAAAUAAGAAACGCGUUAGUUUCAGAGAGGAGCAUGAGGAGGACGACGAGGAAGUCGUCGAAGUAAUACGAGAAAAACCUCUUGGUAGAACGGUCAUACACGAGGAGAAGGUCACUGAAUCUGAUGGCUCUACUCCAGGUCGCAAAAAGAUCACGAAAGAAACUUACGAGGAGAUCGUGGAGGAAGUACUCGUUCAAGAGCGUAUUAAAAGAAGGGACGUGGAGGAAGAACGUAGAAAGAGUUUGCGAGAACAGGUUGAAGUUCACCAGAGUCUCAGAGAUCAAGGAAGACAUCCGACUGCCCAAGAACGAAGAGUAGCAUCGAAGUAUCAACCGCACGAUAACAUGGAAACUUGCAAGAAACACGUACAAUUCAUGAAACAAACUGAGACAGGCCCUAAACCGAUAUCCGAAGGUCCUGUACAAAAUGCCACGCCUAAGGAAUGGAAAUCCGAAAUGGUAAAUGCUUUGACCACUGCAUCGGAUCGUCCCUAUACACCUUUGAGCACGUCUUCCAGCGUGAAAGAACUUUAUACCGAAGAAACGAUUUAUUUGGAUCACAAGAUGAGACCAGUUCCAAAACCGAAGGAACGUCCAAUAUCGCCAUUCCAACGUGCUCUAACGAUAGCUCCAGAUCGUCCUUAUACUCCUCUCAGCCGAGUUAUAGGACCGGAAGAUCAAGAAAUCGGUAGAGCUCAGACACCAGCUGUUCAACCUACGCCGAAUGGCGUUUGUCCACCGGCCGAUAUUCUUUACGGCGAAACGUCUUAUCGUCGAGAACAAAUCUGUACGAAGAAGAUAGUACCGCAGCCAUUACCUACACCACCUCCUGAUUAUCGUCUGAGAGAUUCCUCGACCUCACCUUCAAGAUCUCGACCUUGCAGUAGAGCCGACACACCUAACAGUAAACCCUCGACCGUUGGAUUAAGAAAACCAGAUACUAUUCCGGCUUAUCAAAGGAAUCUCGUAGCCAUGAAGAAGAGCCCUGUUGAGGGACAGUCCUAUAUACCUAGUCGAUCGCCAACGCCAACUCCAAAAAGAAGCAAAUCUCCGGCUCAUGGUCCACCGGAACCUCCGUGUUAUUAUACAAAAGCGCAAGCACCUAAAAUCAGAGACGAUCCUCCCUGGGCUGUUAAAGAAUCUCAUCCUCCACCGUCGAAACAAAGCUCGAUACAUUAUCCCUCGCGUAAGAUCAUUAAUUAUACCGUAGAAGAGGACACGGAUACUGGCCAUAGGAAGCAAGAAUACAUAGGUUCAAAGACGGUACAUUACGACGAACGACAGGCGGAAGAAAAACAACAGGAAUCUGAUUCUGUACACGCUCAAUACCAAGAACGACGAUGCAUGACGAGCGAAGAUACCAGCGAGGAAAAGGAUACCGUUUGUCAUAUUAAAAAGGCACUGCAAGUUGUCGAAGAUUACGAAAGAUGUGAGAAAAAGACUAUGGAGGUUACCCAGCCAUCGUCAGGAAAUAAAGGAGAAUGUUCUAUAAUUCAAACGACUCAUGCAGACGUAACUUUACCCUGCCCAUUAAAACGUAAACCUGUCGAAGUACCCAAGGUUCAACCGACGUACAGUAGCUCGACCGAGGUACGUCAUGUUCGUUAUGAAACACCGACUCCACCUGCGACAAAGUGUCCAGAAACAGGAGUUACCGUCUUACCGUGCAAAGCUCAUUCCGAUCGUGGUACCAAAACCGGCGUGGUGGUCGUACCCUGCGACGGACAACCAACCUGUCCGAAGUCUGGCGUUUGCGUGACGCCAACUUCCGAUCGAUCCGGGGUUUGCGUAUCGCCCUGCUUCGGUCUUAAACCAGGUUACUGUGGCCAACCAUCUGGUUACUGCGGUGGAGAAUCAGGAGGAUGCGAUUUUGACAUCCCUAACUGUCCAGAAUCUGGCGUCUGCAUCGCACCAUGUCCGGAUGGCUCCGUCUGUGUGGCACCUUGCAAGAAAUCUGACGGACAGUGUCUUCGCAAGAGCCAAAGCCGAGGAAAUCUUCCCUUUCCACAAAUCCCAUUGCCCUACGAGGAAAGGUCUUGCUCACAAACCACCCAACGUUCCUUCGAGCCAAUCCACAAGCCAAAAACUAAUCUCAGCGGUCAGCUUGCGCGACUAACAGCUAAAAAUCGUGAUAUUCCCACUGUACAGCUUUACAAACCACAACCACAACAAUGCCAACAAUUCGGCAGCCAAUGUGAAAACCAAUGUCAAACCAAAAAAAGCUAUCAUUGCGAGACCAAAAGCUUCUAUCAGUCCCAAAGCCAUUGUCAAACCGGAAGUCAUUGUCAGUCUCAGACUAGCUGCCAGGACCAGUUCCAUUGCCCCUCUAGUAAGACCCAAAAUUUAGUAGACCCACCAAAAAUGUCAUCCCACCCGGAUCUAGGUACCGGAGGCCUCGGUGGUUCCGGCUCGAAAAGCGGAUCAUUUGCUGGUAGCAGUGCACCCAAACGUGGAAGGGGUAUUCUCACUCAGGCUGGUGGACCAGGUUCCCGUGUACCACUCUGUGCUCAUUGCAACUCCUACGUCAGAGGACCAUUUAUUACCGCAUUGGGACAGAUUUGGUGUCCCGAUCACUUCGUAUGCGUGAACACUCAAUGUCGUCGUCCAUUACAAGACAUUGGAUUCGUUGAGGAGAAAGGACAACUUUAUUGCGAGUAUUGUUUCGAAAAAUUCAUUGCACCUUCUUGCAACAAGUGCAACAACAAAAUCAAAGGCGACUGUUUAAAUGCAAUUGGAAAGCACUUCCAUCCUGAAUGCUUCAACUGCUCGUAUUGUGGUAAACUUUUCGGUAAUAGUCCAUUCUUCUUGGAAGAAGGUCUACCCUAUUGCGAAGCUGAUUGGAACGAACUAUUCACGACAAAAUGUUUUGCCUGUGGAUUCCCAGUGGAGGCUGGAGACCGUUGGGUAGAGGCCCUCAAUAAUAAUUAUCACAGUCAGUGCUUCAAUUGUACGAUGUGCAAGAAGAAUCUCGAGGGUCAAAGUUUCUAUGCGAAGGGUGGCCGUCCAUUCUGCAAAAAUCACGCGCGUUAAAAUUCCGCAUUCGAUGAUAAAACGUGCGGCAAGAAAGAAGAGGAAAAGAAUAGAGGGACGAAAAGCAAAGAGAUUUUUGAAAACGAUGAAAAGUCCUUUCUUCGCGAGUUAAAAACUCUUUUUGAACGUGAAACUCCCUUAGUCAUUGAAUUCCGUUCAUCCGUCUUUUUUUUCUUCUUCUUUCUUUCCUUCUUUCUCUUUUCCAUAUCGAGCUGAAAUCAUUCGACUAACCGAUCGUUGCCAGAGCUAUGAACACGCCGAACUGACGAUAAUCUUACGAAUUACAUUCUAUUUUUCAUCCUUUUUCCUCUAACAACGACGUUUCGCCUUUCGAGUUAACAAUUUUACUGGACUGACUAUUCAAGAUAAAUCGAAAGGAAAGGAUUCGUUUAAUCCGUACAAGUUCGUGGCUCCAUCGCGUAACCGCUUGCAAGCGUUCCGUGUGUCGCAAAAGAAAAUAUAUAUAUAUAUAUAUAUAUAUAUAUAUAUAUAUAUAUAUAUAUAUAUAUAUAUAUACAUAUAUGUAUACACAUAUAUAUACAUAUUCCUACAUAUUAUAUACCAAAAAAAAAUAGAAAAAAAAGUAGUGAAAGAGUUGGCUAACAAGGGUCAAGUUAAAACAAAAAAAAAAAAAAAAAAAAAGAAAAAAAAGGAUACAGACGCAUUGCCGCACGUGGCCGGAAUAAAAGCAUCGUUUUAUAUAUUAACAAGGCAAGGACACGGAUAAUAAUAAUUAUUGGGGGACUUUUAGUCGGGACGGACCGUGCUCGAAUACCUCGUAAAAUUCAGUGCAGAGAAUUCUGCGGCGAUACGGACACGAUCGCGAAUCUCUUUGUCGGAUCACGCAAAGGUCAAGCGAGCAAUUAGCGAUUAACGAAGAAGGAUCAUUGCCAUAUUUCUCGUUGGUGCUCAAGGUGUAUUCGAGGAUGCACUUUGAACGAUGAACGAAAAUACCCUGUUAAAAUGUCGGACCUAUCGCGAGAUUCGAUCGAGAGAGAAACGGAAAAGGGAGAAUGUGUGAAAACGAGAGAGAGAGAGUGUGUAUGUGAGAGAAAAAGAGAUAGAUAAAUACAGAGAGAGAGAGAGAGAGAGAGAGAGAGAGAGAGAGGAAGGAUGAGUGGAAGAGAGCACGAAUGAAAGAACAAAAGAAAUAGAAAUCUAGACGAUUUCGAAAAAAAGCUCUAAUCCGAUCACGUGCGUAGCGUCCGUUUAGUAGUACAAUUAUCCUUGAAAAUAAUCUAUAAGCGAUUCGAAACGUUUCGUAGCUUCACUCACUAAGCUUUCUCGUUUACAUAUAUAUAUAUAUAUAUGAAUUUAACGAUUCGAGGAAAGAGUAUUUGAGAUGCGGAAAUAUGUGCAGAAAGAUGAUUUUGUUUUUUGUUUUUCGUUUUUUUUUUUUUCUUUUUUUUUUUAAUGUACUAGUCAAACGUUGAAGAAUCGAAGGGGACAAAAAUGCUUACAUCGAGAAAGUAAAAGAAAUGUAGAGACGGUAAAAAAAUUUCUUCGAUCGACGACGAGCGUGCCUUCUCACUUACGAUUCGAUCAUGAUUCUUAUGCACGUGGAUCAUGAAUCAACGAUUAUAUCGCACCGAAAUAAUAUUUCUUAGCUUUAUUAAAUCGAAUGAAAACGAAUGUUAUAAUCAUAUAAACCUCUAUAGUGCAUACGAAAUUCCCUGUGAGUCGAGCAAAUCGAUCGAAAUAUCGAUCGAUUUUCUCCUCGAAUUGAGAAAAUAUAAAAGAAAAAUCGAGAGGGACAACUCGACAAGGGUGAAAGCAGCACACAUAUAUCACGAUAAUCUUAAAAACGAGGUUACCGAUUUUUCUGUGCCAUCUGCACGAGUUCGUAUUAAAAAGUAUAGAGUAAAAAAAAAAAUAUAUAUAGAAAAAAAAAAAGAAAUGCGAAUGCGAAG